UUCUUGUUUUCUGUCACGCAGACAAAGGACUGUUCACCUUCUAGGACUGUUCACCGACUUGACCAGUGGAGAACUUCAGACCCUCCUCCUCCAAACGAAGCUCUACAGAGCCCAUGUGAGUCCCUACCUCAUGGCACUCACUUGCCUAGAAGGAAAUGGGCCGUCCUGAACAGAGCUAGGUGUGGAGUAGGUAGGACCAGAGACAAUCUGCUAAAAUGGGGACGGGUGAGCUCAGCUGACUGCCCAUGUGGCCACCCUACCCAAAGCAUGCAACACAUCCUACAGGACUGCGAAUUUGGACCAUCUGUCACCAAACGAGACCUGUACGAUGCAAACCAGGAAGCCCUGGACUGGCUGGAGCAGUGGGCCGACAAGCCAUCAUGAUGACCUUCUAGGCCUCACGUAAUGGAAAGUCCCGGGAGUGGCGCUGCAGCCCAACCUGAACAAUGCAGAGCUUUUACAGGUACACGAUUGAACUGACGUAUCCUCACUGUUUUGUUCAAAGGCAAACCAUUAGAUUGGAUUUUGGAAAUGUCUAAGGGUAAGAAUAAGAGUAAGAACAUGGCCAGCUUGUCAAGCAAAGUACAGCAACUGGAAUUGUGCCUCAAGAGUAAAGACGACCAAAAACUCGGGUAUUGGCUGGCACUGAGAGAAGCUAUCAUUGCAUCAGAUCAUUUCAUGGAGAUAGAAGUCUUGAAAAGCCUUGGAGACCUUCAUCUUGAGAAAGGCAAGCUCAGGAAAGAUUCGGCAGAGUUUGACGAGGUUGCUGCCCUAUAUGCUGCUGCCCUAAUGCGCUGCAAAGAUCCAGACAUGCGAAAAACACUGGAACAUCGUAUGCGGUACACAGAGAAACUCUCCAGACAACUGCUGCAGGGGUACACUCCACAUUUCCUGUGGUUGUCACCAGACUACUGGGGCCCUGCUGACAGUGAUGUCUUAAGGGUGAUGGAAACCUGUGACCAUGUGGGUCAAAUCAUGAAUGAACCAAAGAACCAAGUAAGGCUAUCCGUUGAGGACGCCUACACACAAGCACUCGUAACUGCCAUUGAACUCGGUGACAUGUUAUUGGAACAAGAGGUUCUUAAAUCGUUAGGAGAUCUGUACCUUGAGAAAGGGAAGAUCGUCUCUGAUGCAUCACAGUUCUCCAAGGCAGCUGCCAUGUACGACAAGGCCCUGGCAAGGUGUGAGGAGCAAGGGGCAAAAGAAACUCUGCACCAUCGCAUCAGAUACGCAGACAAGAUCAGAGAAGCAGUGAAAAAGUACAAGGACCACCUAAAGGAAGGUGAAAGAUCUUUUGCCAGGUCAGACCUGGACUCAGCAGAACUGUGCUUUGCAGCUGCACUCAAGACUGUACAUCUAAGAGACCCCACAGCCCAGCAGUACCAGAGAGAGGUGGAGCCCCUGUGCAAGUUGGGGGAUGUCUACAGUAAGCGAGGUCAGCAGACAGGAGACGGGGGAGACUUUGUCAAAGCAGCAGCACUCUACAAUGCAGCAAUAGCCAGGUCAGAGGACCAAGUCACAAAUAGUAACUUAGCAACAGCUAUAAGAGAAGUAGAGAAGUCAUUUAUUAGAUGUAGCUUAGGCAUUCAUUGCAAUGUGAGCCAAGAUAAUAUAGAAAAACAUAAGAAACAGCUGAAGGAGAUGCGGGACCAGAUCAAACUGGAGAUGGAAAUUAUUGACCAGCAGCUGGAUCCCUAUGUACACGAUGAGGACGACCCAUGUGUCAAAGAGAUAGAGGCAAAACGAGCUCAAGCUAUUAGGAAAUUAUUCGAAAGAAUUGCAAAAGAAAGAGAGGAAUUUAUCAGCUUGCGUGUAGAAGAGUGUAUUGGGUUAAUGGGUCCCCCUCCCUGUAAGUAUGCCAUGAUAGGUUUGGGUUCACAGGCCACAGGACUGGUAACUCCAUACUCAGACCUGGAGUUUGCCAUCUUGGCAGAGGAAGAAAGUGAAGAAUAUAAGGCUUAUUUCCGUAACCUCACCCACUAUCUACACCUCAAGGUGGUCAACCUGGGAGAAACCAUUCUCCCAGCACUGGGAAUAAAAUCUCUCAAUGACUUCUACUCUAAGAAUCCACUUGACGACUGGUACUUUGACUCUGUUACACCUCGUGGGUUUGCAUUUGAUGGUUCCAUGCCAAAAGCAAGCAAGACUCCACUGGGCAGGCAGGAAACUAUUAACGAAGCACCCAGUGAACUCAUUUGCACCCCAGAAAAUAUGGUUUUGAUGUUUCAAAAGGAUGUCACACUAUACCUGAAGAAGGAAUAUCACCUAGCCACUAUCUUGAGAAACCCAUGCCUGAUAGCAGGGGAUCAGGGUUUGUUUGACACAUAUAUGGGCAUUAUAGUGAAGAUACUGCAAGCUGAUGGGGGUAAAAUGGCUCGACAACUGGCAGAGGUGACAAUCAUUGAAAACUUUGAAAAUUACAAUGAAUGGAAAAGCACAUUCACGCCAAAGGUGAUUGAUGUGAAGAAAGAACUCUAUCGCUUCCCCGCUGUAGCAGUGGACUGCUUGGCACUGUCCUCAGGCAUCAUACCUACCACAGUUUGGGAAACAAUAACAGACAUGGAACUCAAAGACGUUGUCAGUGCUGAAAAUGCACAUCAUUUGCUGGUGCUGUUGAGCAUCUCAGCAGAACUCAGGCUUAGAACUUACAUUGAAAAUGGAGGGCAGAAAGAAAACUUGUCAGCUCUGGCCUCCAUAGAAUCAAUGCUGGGUGAACAGCAAUCGCCCCUACAGAGAAAUGACAAAAAAAAUGUACUGAAAAAUGUAUUCUACCUGCAGAACGAAAAACAACUUUUCAGGUACUAUUACACUGUAGUACCUCUUAAAAAACAUCUAUAUGAAACAUCAGAAUCGAUUCAGUUGGUGCCAUCCUCUGUACCCAGUGACAUUAGCGAACAGGUGAAAGCUACAGAGGAUGGCAUCCAGACACCCAGGCAUUCAAUGCCUACUUUGUGCAAUACCUCUUCUACCAUAAGAGGAAUAAUGUACUUUGAGCUAUGUGCAUAUAAGCAGGCCAUCAACCUUCUUAACAAGGCAAUCUAUGAUGAAAUGGGCAUUGAUGACAAAAUUGAACUUCUUGACUAUGUGGGAAUGGCCUAUAGGUACCUCGGGGAUUACAAAAAGUCAAUCCAAUACCUGGAACAGGUGCUGAAGAUGCAGAGGCUUCUAUAUAUAGGUGGUGAGAAUGCAGUACAUCCUCAAAUUCUCAGAUCACUUGCCCAUCUAGGGAAUUCCUGGCUUGAGUUUGGUGAUAACAAAAAAGCCAUAGGCUACUUUGAUGAGGCACUGAAGAUGCACAACAGAAUCUUUGGUAAGGGUAAAGCAGAUCCUAGCAUGGCAGGUUUAUUUGUAAGUCUGGGGUUAGCUUGGUACAAUCUGGGCGAUUAUAGACAAGCCAUUGGAUACCAUGAACAGGCACUGAAGAUGCACAGGAGUACCCAUGGUCAGGACACAGCAAACGGUGAAAUUGCCCAUGCAUUAAACAACUUAGGAUUAGACUGGUAUGAUCUUGGUGACUACAGCAAAGCAGAGAGCUACUCAAAUGAGGCACUACAAAUGUACAGGCGUCUCUAUGGUCAGAACACAGCACAUUUAGAUACUGCCAGGGCUCUGAGCAACCUGGGGCGAGUCAUGGAUGUACAAGGUGAACACCUCAAAGCUAUCAGCCACUUUGAACAGGCACUACGUAUGGGUCAAAUUGUAGUUGGUAAGAGUGCAGCACAUCCUGUUAUUGCUGACACACUCAACAACCUGGGGGCAGCCUGGAAUAAUUUGCGUAACUACAUAAAUGCGCUCACUCACUAUGAAAACGCCUUAAAGAUGUACAAAAGUAUCUAUGGUCCUAAUAAAGCACAUUCUGACAUUGCAAUGUCACUAAAUAACCUGGGGUCAGUCUGGCAUGAUCUUGGUGAUCAUAGAAAAGCUGCCAGCUACUAUGAACAGGCACUGCAGAUGGACAGGAGUAUCCAUGGUCAGGCUAAAGCACAUCCUGACAUUGCUGGGUUACUCACCAACCUGGGAACUGCAUGGCAUGGCUUAGGGGAUAACAGGAAAGCUAUCAGUUACCACGAACAGGCACUGAAGAUGUACAGGAGUAUCUUUGGCCAGAGUACAUCACAUCCUAACAUUGCCACAUCACUCCAAAACUUGGGGGUUUACUGGAGUAGUCUUGGCGAUCACAGGAGAGCAAUUAGGUACUAUGAAGAGGCACUGCAGAUGUGCAGGUGCUUCACUGGCCAUAACAAAGCACCUCUAGACAUUGCUAGGCUACUAGGCUACCUGGGAGAGGCCUGGCUUCACUUAGCUGAUCACCGGAAAGCUAUCAGACACCUUGAACAGGCACUGCAGAUGUUAAGGAGUAUUCAUGGUCAGACUACAGCACGCUCUGACAUUGCCAAAGUACUCGGCGACCUAGGAUCGUCCUGGACUAAUCGUGCUGAUUUCAGGAGAGGAAUCAGCUACUAUGAAGAGGCACUGCAGAUGAAGAGAAGUAUCUAUGGUCAGAGUACGGCGCAUCGUGACAUUGCCACCUUACUUAAUAACAUAGGGCUAAACAAGGACUUUCUUGGUUACAAAACAGAAGCUUUCAUACUGUACAAAGAAGCAUUAGCCAUGGCAUUGAAGCUUGAUCCUUCAGACAAAAGGAAUGCACUAAUAAAUCAAAUUAAAGAGAAUAUGAACUAGACACUCAUUUCAUUGCCUCCGUUAGGCAUCAAACGAAAAUAAUGUAUACUAUCAUGAAAGUCCAUCUGUGUUGGUAGUUACAUGUUUAAAGUUAAAACUAUUGAUCCGACAGAAA